AUGUCGCAACGAUUCGCAGAGCUUGGCAUGGAUGUUAAUGUUCUUUCGGAACUCCAGCAGACAUGGGAAACCAAGAUCAUGGCUAUGGGCGUGGCUUCAUUUGCUCCAACUACUCAUCCUUUGCAUGAUGAACAGUUUUCUUUAAAGAAUCCGCAAUCCAACCCACAAUUUGGAAUUAGUGCAAUCACAAGAGAUGAUGGUCUUUAUGAAUAUGGAUCACCCGCUAAUCUAGCUGCUCUUGCAAAUUCAGGUUCUAGCUACAGUCUUCCACAAACCGACGGGCCCGCAGAGGACGACGCAAUUCACGGCAAUAGCUCGUUGGCAAACAUAAAAUUAAAAUCAUCACACCUUGAUAAUGAAGAACCACACCUACUGCCGUCAUCUUCACUUGCCCACGCAGUAUCAUUGCCAAAUUUAGCAACUCAAUCCAAUCCGCUAUCUUUAGCUAGCAACAAUUCAAGCACUCGUACCAAUCCAACGCGUAGUCAAGUCAGAGCAAUAUUGGCACGAGCUGCACGCCAAUACAGACGACAACGAGAUAAAAGUAUUGGGAAAAUUUCCCAAUUGGAUGGCAACGACGAUGAUGAUGACGAUGACGACGAUGCAGAUGAGCCGGCUGGAGGUGCAGAUACGAGCGAUAUUGGGUCUGAAUUGGAUGAUGAUGAUUCAGAGGACGAAUAUGCAGAAGUAGAUCAUUUGGUGCUUUGCCAAUUUGAAAAGGUUCAACGUGUCAAGAAUAAGUGGAAAUGCGUGCUCAAAGACGGUGUUGUGAAUGUGAAUGGCAAAGAUUAUUUGUUCAAUAAGGCAAAUUGUGAUUUCGAGUGGUAAUCUGUUAAAAACUAUGCUUUUUGUUCGUUUAUAAAAGACUUUUGAUUCAUUACCAAUAUGCACUGAUUUACUGGUGCAGAUUUUCAGAAGACUAAGUAGGGGUAUUUUGUUGAAUACAUAAUACAAUAGCUAUCUUCACAGGGUUAUCUAGAAAAAUGUGUAAUAUAAUAAAGCCAAUUCAGCCGA